CGGCGGCGGCGGCGGCGGCGGAGGAGGAGGAGGAAUUCUACCCUCACUGGCUGCACUCGCUGCCCAGCAGAAGUCGCAGCUGCGAUCAGCUCCAGGCCGGGGCCAUGGGCGCCCUGCGCCACCCAGGUCAUGAGGACGGAGGCAGAGGCAGCGGGGCAGCCGCUCGAGCCUGGCGACUUUGUGCAGCUACCUGUGCCCAUCAUCCAGCAGCUAUACCAUUGGGACUGUGGCCUGGCCUGCUCUAGGAUGGUGCUCCGGUACCUGGGCCAGCUCGAUGAUGGGGAGUUUGAAAAUGCCCUGCAGGAGCUGCAGCUGACCAGGAGUAUCUGGACCAUUGACCUGGCCUACUUGAUGCGACACUUUGGUGUGAGACACCGCUUCUGUACCCAGACUCUGGGUGUUGACAAGGGCUACAAGAACCAGUCCUUCUAUAGGAAGCACUUUGACACAGAGGAGACCCGUGUGAACCAGCUGUUUGCACAAGCCAAGGCCUGCAAGGUGCGAGUGGAGAAAUGCACAGUGAGUGUGCAGGACAUCCAAGCACACCUGGCCCAGGGCCACGUGGCCAUCGUGUUGGUGAACUCCGGGGUACUGCAUUGUGACCUGUGCUCCAGCCCUGUCAAGUACUGCUGCUUCACUCCCAGUGGACACCGCUGCUUCUGUCGUACCCCUGACUACCAGGGCCACUUCAUUGUUCUGCGUGGCUACAACAGGGCUACUGGUUGUAUCUUCUAUAACAACCCAGCCUAUGCUGACCGGAUGUGCAGCACCAGUGUCAGUAACUUCGAGGAGGCCAGAACCAGCUAUGGCACAGAUGAGGACAUCCUCUUUGUCUACCUGGACAGCUGACAGCAGGAGCCUGGCAUGUCAGCUCCUGAGACCCUGUGUCCUACCUGAGCCAGACCCACUCAGGACACCCACACCUGGGGCUGCUGAGGCUGAGGUUCAGAACUGUAGUCUCAGCCUGCUUGACAGAGCCCUUCGGAACUCCGUGGCCGCUUUGUCCACCAAUGUCAUCAGGCCACUUACCCCAAACCCCUUCUAGUUGCUGGAGACAACCCAAGAGCAUCUAAGGGGAGUAUCUCUGAAGACCCUAAGUCUGACUCCAGAGGAAGACCUCACGUCUGACUUCAGCUACGCCCAAGGCUAAGGGAGAGGCAGGAACCCUGAGAGAGAAGUGUGUUUGGGGAAAGCACAUCCAAAUUCAGGCCUGUUGCUCUGGGCCACUCUAAGCCCCAUCGUAGAUGCUAUCACUGCUCUCUCCUGCCUGCAGUGGACUCAGGUCUCUGGGACUGGUUAGGAGGCCUUGUUACCAUGCAGCAUAAGCAUACCUCAUGGCUACUCUGAGGCCCUCUGACCCCUGGGAUGCUAACACCUUAGCUUCUAGGUACCCUCCUAUAGAAUGGAAAGCCUUUAGGAGUGGGCAGGGCUGAGUGGAUGACAGCAGAGAGAGGUUCCAGGAAAAGGGUGCUGACAAGAGACUUCCCCAGAGAGCCUCCUGGGGAAUAUCCACGAGGCCUCCUGACACCAGCUUGACUCUCCACAGCUCUAUCUGACCUCUGAGUUGGAGCCUUUUGAGGAUGGGUGCUAGAGGGCCCGUGCACCUAAAACAGCAGGCAGCAUCCCGGCCACCCUGGUGUUCAUACCAGGGGCAUUUGUACAGAAUCCUGGGUCUCUUCAGUUCUGAAGAAAGGCAAUGCCAGUGUCACAUAGGCCAGCAGGUAGCAUCAACUGAAGCUGGUUUCUUUGUCUUCUUUUUGCUCUUGGUAGCAAGAGUGUUGUUUUAUUGAGACUUCAAUUUCCACUGUGUGGGGAGUAAGACAAUAAUAGAUACAGGUACUUUGAAACCACUAGUGCUUCUUUACAUAGGGCGGAUAGGCCAGUCCGAGUUCUUAAAAAGAUGACUGCCCUGGCCUGACCAGCAGUCCGAGUGGUGAAGCUGCACCAAAGACACAAGUGAAUGGGUCAUUCCCAAAGAGACUAGGGAGCUCACUCCUCAUGGUACCCCAACAGCCCCUCGCUGUCCCCUCACACCAGGGGCCUUGGUGUGUCAGUGUCAAGGCAUGACAUGGCAGUAGCUGCUUCCCCUACCACUAGCUGACCCCUCACGGCAGUUUGAGGGACAGAGGUGGUCUGUGUUUACAAUGGCAGUCAGACCACUCAACCAUAUUAGCCCUCAAUAUGAGAUGAAGCCUUGGAUGGAAAGGAGGUGCUGUUGGCCAGGCAGCCACUCUGGGUUUCAGAGACUAGCACUGGUUUCUGGUCUCAUUCCCAUUGCCUUAAUGUUGAGUAGCCCAGGGCUUCAAGGAACUCUGGCUCCAAGCUCAGGAGUACCACAUAGCAGCUAUGGGUAUGGGUGUCCUCGAAGAGGUUCAGGCAUUAUUGUUGAGACUAGCUGAUAGGAGGAAGUAAAGCCUUCCUAACGACUGGAUGGGAUAAGGCAUGGUGCAGAGGCUCAUGGGUGCUCAUGGGAAGUGGCUUCCAUAGAAGGUGGUCAUCUUUAACCAUCUAGGACAAUUAAAAAUACUCAGCCCCUGGGCCCAGAUAAUGGCGCCUUCAGGACAGGGCACAAAUUAGAGUCCACCAGUCAGUAAGAACAACACGAGAGCUGCUGUCUUCAAGAUCGCCUACCUGAGGAGGGUCACAGAGGCAGUGUCACCAGGCACUCCGUGUUAUAGUGCACUAGUCAUGCAAAUGGGCUUGAGAAAGCCUUGGCAUCAGAGACUUGCCCACAGCAUGCAACACCCACAACUUCUCAGCUUCUCAUGCCACCCAGGGUGGGCUCUGAGGCCACAUGGGGACUGUAGACGGUUUUGUUCACUCUAGCCACAGGAGGAUGAAAGGGAUUUUGCAUAGCAGGAUUUUCUACAUAAAUAUAUUUUGUUUGUAAUGAGCCAUUCUCAAUAAAUAUUCUCACUGUA